AGUCAGCCAUUAUACCUCUGUUCUUUCAGAUUCGUGAGUUUUAUUAUUUUAUUUUAUUGUUGUUGUUAUUAUUUUUUUAAAGCUUACAUAGUCAAAUUUUAAAUACAUUGUAUUGAUUUUAAUUUAUGUUUAAUUCAUUGGUCUGUAUUUAAUUGACAAAUUUUUUUUAAUUAUUAAAAUUGAGUUUAUUUAUUGUACAUAAAUUAAUAUUUGAUUAAUUUAAAAAAAAAAAAAUUUAUUGUGAUAAGUUUGCUUGGAUUUAAAUUGAAAUUUAACUUUUUUUUUUUUUAAUUGGUUUAUAUUUAAGUCAAUGAUAUUGUUAGUUAUUUUGAUGUUGAUUUUUUUUUUUUAAUGAAAUUUUUUUCUCAGUUUUUUUAAUUUUAAUUUGGUUAUUUUAUGAUAGUAGUUUUAUUUUUAAAACUCAACGGAAGGCGUAGGCGAGACGAAAAAAUAUAUAUAUCUAUAAAAAAAUCAUGAACAAAGUCGGUUGUGUUUGAUGUGAUGAUCUGACUGGAUAUAUACUUAUAACUAGUGUGCUUUUCUUGAAUAUAUUUUUUAAAUUUAUUUCAAUUUUGACUCACUGUAAUUGAGUCAGUGAGUUUAAUUGUAUAUAGAUAUAUAAAUGAGUGUGUCAUCUUUAGUUUUAUAAAAGGAAAUGAAUUUUAUUUAAAUGUCGUCAUCAUAAAUAUCAUAAAAUUAAUUUACAAGUGAUUUAAUUUAAUAAAAAAAUACUCCUACAGUUUAUUAUAUUAUAAAUUGUUUUUUUUUUUACUUUGUAAUUGUUAAUGUGAAUUUGAAGAUCAAGUCUAUUUUUUCUUAUUAUAUCUUCUUCUGUAUUUUAUGCUCUCUUUGACUUUUAACAAAUGGCAAAUUUUAUUCCAAUAAUACAACACUCCCUCUGCGUAUUCAAGAAAUUCAAGAAAAUCAACAACUCAGAUAUGCUGCUCUGCAAUAUUUACCAUGGAAGUGCUGGAAAUUCAUUAUCUCAAAAAUUUAUCGGUGAUAUUAGUCGUCAUGAAAGUUUGAGUAAUGAAAAUGAUAUUAAUUUUGAUGAAAUAUAUUCAAUAAGUGAAAAAAGGUGGCACAGUAAUUCUGAGCUAUCAAUAUCAUUGCUGCCUGUUGCUGAGGGGAUGUCAGCUCGUUCUCAUCACAGGCUUAGGCAGUCCGCUUCUGGACUGAAUGAUGCUGAAAUGGAUUUACAAGCAUCACAUCUUGGUACACGUGUUAAUCAAGAUAUUACAUCAACAACAAUUCCAUUAUUUAAUUGGGAAUAUUUAUUAGUAAUUUGUGCACUUGGUGGUGCAAUAAUAUUGACAUUUAUAUUAUUGAUAUGGCUACGAAAGCAAAUGACGAGUGAAAAAAAAAAAAGUGAUGGUGAUAGACGUGGUUUAGUUGAAGAGGGUGCAUUUGGUACAGCAACAACAAUUGAAAAUACAGUUAAAAUUUGUCAAGAUAGACCUAUGGAAGCACAAUGGGUACGACAACAAAUUUAUAAAUCAACAAUAGCAACACAAUCAAAUCAAUCACUUCCUGAAACUAAAACAUUACCUGAAACAAUAACAGUACCAUUAACAGAACGACGUCUUGAACCAAUUAGAAUAAAAGCCAAAGGUUUACUUGAAAGACGUGGUUCAAGUGCUAGUUUAACUAUUGAAUUAUCACCAGUACCAGAAAGUCCAUUAAAUAUUGUAACACCAACACGUGAAUGUACAAAUGAAGAAUUUUUAUUAAGUGCUGGUAAUAUAUUAUCACGUACACAAUUAAAAAAAUCCAUUAAAAAUCCAACAUUAUUGUAUAAAGAAUUUUGGGAGGUACCAUUAAAUGUACCAGAUAAAGUUGAAAUAUUUGGUGCUGGUAUUAAAAAUCGUUAUACUGGUGUAUUACCAAAUUCACAAACAAGAGUUAUACUUGAUAAUAUUGAUGAUCCAGUUGGUAGUUAUAUCAAUGCAAAUUAUAUACGAGGUUACGAUGGUGAAAAACAACGUUAUAUUGCAACACAAGGUCCACUUCAAAAUACAAUUGUUGAUUUUUGGCAAAUGGUAUGGAUGGAUAAAGUAUCAGCAAUUGUCAUGAUGACUAAAUUAAAUGAAGCAUCAAAAACAAAAUGUGACAUGUAUUUUCCAAUGGAUUUAAUGUCAAAAAUUCAAGCUGGAUCAUUUAGUAUAACAUUGAUAUCUUGUGUUACAAGAUGUGGAUAUAUUAUACGAGAUUUUGAAUUAAGAAUGAAUGGUGAACGUCGUAAUAUAACACAUUAUUGGUAUGACUCAUGGCCAGAUCAUGCAGUACCACAAUCUGCUGAUUCAUUGGUAAGCUUAGCUGCUGAGAUAAAUUUACUUCCAGGACCAAUUAUUGUUCAUUGUAGUGCUGGAAUUGGAAGAACAGGAUGUUUUAUUGCUCUGGCAACUGGUAUGACUCAACUUUCCAGGGAUAAAAAUGUUGAUGUACUAGGAAUUCUUUGUCAAAUGCGGUAUGACAGAGGUGGUAUGAUUCAGACAGCAGAACAAUAUGAAUUUGUUCAUCGUGCACUUUGUUUAUUUGAACAAACAUUGGAUGGUAAAUCAUCAGCAUCUGGUGAUUGAAAUAACAUAAUUAUUAAUGAAAAAUAUAAUUCAAUUUUUCAUUGUUAAAUAUGAACAAUUACACUAGUGCAAGUUGUAUGAAAAUAUUUUAAUUGACUUGACUAAAAUGCUAGUUUAAAAAAAAAAAAUAACAAUAAUGCAAAUGAAUUGGUGACUACAAGGUAUUUAUUUUUCAUCUAUAUACCAGAUAAUUUAAUUGUGAAUAAUUAAUAUUAAAAGGAUUGAUAUUAUUCACAUAAAUACAGAUAAACAAAAUAUAUAUCUUUUUUAUUUUAUAAUUUAAAUUUUUGACGUAGUGUCGUUGUGAAAGGCUGCCAUAACUAUACUGCCACAAAAAAUAAUUUACAUAUAUAUUCAGUAAUUUAUUAUUAAACUAUCAAAUAACUAUUGACUAUAAUCAGUCAUCAAAAAUAAUUUUAAAAGCUCAAAAUAAAUAUAUAUAUAUGAAAAAUUACUAAAAGUAAAGCAACAAAAACCAAAGUAACUAAAUGAUUUUCCAUUUUCUUGAAAAAUUAUUAUUUAAAAAUUAAAAAUUUAUUAUUAAUAAUGCAUUUUAAAUAAUAAUUAUUAUAUUUUUUAUUUUUAUUUUUUUUAAGAUAGUUUUUAAAAUCAUUUUUUCUCAAAAUUUAAUGAAAAUAAAAUUGUCAAAAAUGUUGGAUAGACAUUAGAACUUUGGGACUGACCAAAAAAAAAAGAAACCAAAAAAAUUACUUUCAUCUUCUAUUUGCUGUCUUGUUUAUCAGUUUCUUCAGUGGCACCUCGUUAUCAAUAUAAUAUAUAUUUAAAAUAGUGAAUAGUUAUUUAAAAAAUAAAAAAAAAAUUAAACAGGGGGAAAAAAAACACAAUAAUAAUCAUUUUAUCUUUCUUGUAAAAUAAUUUAUUGACAAAGACUGAAUGUGAUUAGUACAAUAUACAUUUGACUAAUGAUUAAAACAAAAAAUAAUUAAAAAAAAAAAAAA